AUGACUACUCCGGCACAUAAGGCCAACCUGGCUCGGAUUCGUGAUAAUCAACGGAGGUCCCGCGCGCGGAGGAGGGAGUACUUGCAGGAACUCGAGCAACGACUGCGAGUCUGCGAACUCCAAGGUAUCGAAGCCUCUGCCGAAGUGCAAAUGGCUGCCAGGAGAGUCGCGGAUGAAAAUAAACAGCUCCGGGAACUCCUAAGCAGAUACGGGGUUACUAAUGAGUACAUUGCUCAUUACUUGCACGCAUCCACAGCAAACAGUUGCGAGUCUGGUCGGGCACAACCAAUCCGUCUCGGAGAGGCAGGAGUUGCCAUACAAUCCUUGAACCAAGCAAUGCUGCCUCGAAGAGCGGCGCAUCUUGAACAGACUAUCCAGUUUGCUAUACCGAGCCAAUCUAGUAGAGAGAACUCAAUAGCGAGCGCCUCUACGACAAACUCUUCUGCUUGGGAGCCAUCACAGCCAACCAUGUCUUAUAACCAUCACCCGCAGCAGCUUGGCGGUGUUUCACCAACAGACCAUCAUCAUUAUUCUCCAUCAGCUUUUUCGGCACAGACAGCUGUGCCGCAAUCAGAUCAGUUCCAAAGUACAUCUGGGCGGAUGGUGAACGACUCGCGGCACGACGUGGCCACAGGUCAGCCAAUCCCUAUCGAUAAUCGCUCAACGAUGAACUAUCAGUUUUCAAUGAAUCCCUACAACGACCCAACGAACCGAUAUGGACCUCACGGAGGACCUUUCUGA